AGAGUGAAGUUUCAUAUAUGAAAAUUUAUGGAGGCUAAAUAAAAUUGGAUAUUGGAUAAUUAUGUCUUAGUUUUUACUCAUUAUUAAGGGGAGCCAAGACAUGAUCUUCAUCACCAUCUUAUACAAAUAAAGUUUCCUCCGUUUUAUUCAGUUUGGUGAUUGAAGCAUUUGGUUGACUAAUUUGGAGGGAAAAGGGUGAGGUUCCGUUAGGGUUCUUGAAUAUGGUGGAGAGUAUUUUACUUCUUGUUGGAACAUUCCCGUUUCUUCCCUCCUCAAAUAAUUAACUUGUGUAAAGUAUCAUGUAUCCAGAUAUGGCACCAAGAUAAUCAACACAUGUUUUCUUGGAAAUCAUUGUUCUCAAUUGUAUCCCUCCCCGUGGAUGCUUCAUCAGAAGAUAUAGAGCCAUGAAUGGUGGAAAAUUUCCACCUACUAAGAAGGCAAUGAAAGAAGUUGGUGGCUCGUAUUACACUAUCAAGAGGCUUGUACAAGAACUGCAGUACAAUUCUAAAAUGCCAGUUGAACAUAAAGUCACUGUGGUUAAAGAAGCUUCCGCAGGAGAAGCUGCAACUAGGAAGGACAAAUUACUGACCAAAGUUGAAGAGACUUUAAGCAUUGCAACAGCUCUCAAACAUGGAGAAUGCGAAGAUGGUCCGUUAAGAAAUGGGAUUUCAUUGGAAAAAGAAUUCACUCAGAACAGGAAGACCUCACCUGAACUCAAAGAAAUCCUAAGUGAUCGACAAGCAGUUGAUGUAGGCAUAUCUCAAGAAGCUCAACCAUUAACCAUAGAUGGCGAUACUAAUAGCAACUAUGAGGCAGGGGCAAAGCCACAAACUCCAAUUGCAGCAGAGAAGUCUUUCUUGCAGGAGAUGUCAAGAAUUUCUGGAAGUGAUAAUAAAGAUGCUGCUGCACAAGUUCUUGAACCAGAGCUAGAAACCUUUUCACAUUCUGAGGAACCUGAGACUAACAUAAAACAGAAAGUCUCCACUAUGGAAACUUUCAAAUUUGAUGGCCUGAAGCUGACGGAUGAGAAAAAACGUUCACCUGAAUUGGAAGAGCCUACAAGAUCAGCAGAGAAGGCCAAUCAGAGGGAAUUAUCCAAUGAGCACAAGGCUGAUACACAAGCUGAAAGCAAUUCAUCUAUGUGGAGGAAUCUGAAGUCUCUUGCAGCUGGAAUCCUCAACAUGUGGAGGAAACAGUAAAUUAGUGCCUAGAGUUAGCUUCCAGAACAAGAUGUAGAUGGACAGAAUUUACGCCGACUUGAGAAAUCUUACUGUGUGUUAUGCAGCCAAGUCUAUACGAUGUAACCAUUUAAUUCUUAGUAAAUGAUCAAUGGUGAGAGAAUCUGAAGAUGGGUUGUAGUCUUGAAAUAGGUGUUUUCCCUUUUCAAGAUAGGAGCCUCUAGGAAGGACAGAAUUGUUGUAGUAGGUGAACGCAAUGGAAAUGUUAUAUGGGUGAUGGUGUAAAACUAUCCUCACUGAGGAGAUGCAUGUUCAUGUAAAUACUAAUAGCUUGUUUGGCCAAGCUUUUUCAAGACCAAAA